GAUGCAAAGCAGAUUUCUUCACAAUAUUUGAAAGUAGGUUCUCAAGUUGAAGUACUUUCUCAGGAUAGUGGCAUUAGAGGGUGUUGGUUUAGAGCUUUAAUAAUUAAGAAACACAAAAAUAAGGUGAAGGUUCAAUAUCAAGAUGUUCAGAAUGCAGCUGAUGAAGCCAAUAAGUUGGAGGAAUGGAUUUUGACUUCAAGGGCUGCUGAUCCUGAUCAGUUGGGUAUCAGGGUUGGUGGAAGGACAACUAUUCGACCUUCACCAUUGCUGAACCAGGUCAUGGAUUCAUCAACUGUUGAUGUUGGAACUGUUGUGGAUGUUUGGUGGCAUGAUGGAUGGUGGGAAGGCAUUGUAGUUAUGAAGGAUUCUGAAGAUAAAGUUCAUGUUUAUUUUCCAGGAGAAAAUCAGGAAGCAGUCUUUGGCAAUGGUGACCUCAGACAUUCUCAGGAAUGGGUGGGCAAUGGAUGGACUUUGAUUAAGGAGAGGCCAGAUCUUGUAACCACCAUCCUCACUCACCUGAAUAAAACGCAAGAUGUGGACCAAUCACAUGCUUGCAACUCUGUCCAAACUGCAAUUUAUGACAGCAGACAGAUAUUGAAAGAUGACCCUGGAUACAAUAAUGCUAAUUUGGAAUCCAGAAAUGAGGGGCCAACAAAUUCUCUGCAGAUUCUAGAUCUGUCAAAAGAUGAUUUACUUUCCCAGUUGAGAUGGAAGUCAUAUAGGAAGAGAAGUGUUCUAACGAAAGUUAUGGAAUCUCUUGCCUUCGAGAGAUGCUUGUUUCCUGCUCCCUCAAAAGUUGACCAUGAGAACUGCAAAUGUGUAGAUGACUCACCAUUCAAUUCUCCAUCUCUAGCAAGCUUGGUCAUGUCUAGGUGAUUCAACUUUAACCCUUGGGGAAAGUCUAGUUGUUGGCAUAUGUUGGUAUUAGUUUCUGCCUCUUACCAGAGCCAUGUAUGUAUAUAGUGCAUCUACUCGGCGCUGCUCCUCUAGGCCGUGGUAGUCGAAUUUCAGUCAGCAAUUUUGAAUGGAAUAGAAUAACAUGGAGGCCUAGCCUUACCUAGCUUGUUAGUUGAAGAAUUUCUGGUUCAUCUAAUUUGUAUUAUUUUUAUUCUGCAAUAAAAAUUUAAUUUCAUU